AGAAAAACAUUUUAUUUUCAAAAACUUCUAGUGAAUAUAAUAUUACUUCGUUUACAGUGAAAAACAAUUGACAAAAGUAUACUCUGUGUUCUGAGGAUUAAAAUUUGGCGUGCAACACCAUGUGGCGGCCAUGAGAGCGGCGGGCCGAUGACGGUAUGAUGUACUCGGCCAAGUGGAAGCGGGCCGCGGUGCUGCUGCUGCUAGUGUGGAUCGCCGUCACCUACCUCGUCAUAUCGCCGCUCAGGUGCGAUGGCGGUUCGGAGUCGGCGGUGGACUUUCAGGAGCGUUUGCGGACGGUAUCGGCGCAGCUCGAGACACUCAAGAAGCAGCACGCCGGCCUCAUAGCGCAGAUACGACACGGCCUACCAGCCAAUUUGGAUAUCGACGCGGGCGCGUUACUCCAGAACUAUGGCGGCGGCCCGUCUGAGGAGUACGAGAGCCUGCGAAGGAGAAUAUACUCUAACACCAAGGAGAUAUGGUUCUUUAUCAAUCACGAGCUCACCAAGUUCAUGGGUGAUGAUAUGAAGACGGACCGCCUGCAGGGGAUUCUCGACCAAGUGGCUGAUAGGAAAAGAUCUCUCCUCUCCGAUCAGGAGAAGCUACAACAGCUGGAUGGGUACGCGGACUGGCGGAAGACGGAGGCGGCCAACGUCAGCGACUUGGUCCAGCGACGGCUGCGGUGGCUGCAGAACCCAUCAGACUGUAGAGACGCGAGGAAGGUUAUCUGCAACCUGAAUAAGGGCUGCGGCUUCGGCUGCCAAGUCCACCACAUAGUCUACUGUCUUAUAUUCGCGUACGCCACGGAACGGACCCUCAUCCUCAACUCCAAGGGUUGGAGAUACAACAGCAAGGGCUGGGAGUACGUAUUCCACCCCGUGUCAGAAUCCUGCACUUCGGCGUACGAUGAUAAAGUCGUGCAGUGGCCAGUGUCAUACGACGCGAAAGUAGUGUCACUACCGUUCAUCGACUCCAUAUUCCAGAAGCCAAAGUUCUUGCCACUCGCCAUACCGUCUGACUUGGCGCACAGGAUAGUCCGUUUCAACGGCGACCCAGCGUCGUGGUGGAUCGGCCAGAUGUUAAAAUAUGUGCUGAAGCCGCGAGCCGCCAUGCAGAAGACGAUCAAUGAGACAAUCGCCAAAUUGAACUUCAAGCAUCCUAUAGUCGGAGUCCACAUUCGGCGGACGGACAAGGUGGGAACGGAAGCGGCUUUCCACCACAUAGACGAGUAUAUGGUCCACGUGCGCGACUACUACGAGCAGCUGGCGCUGACGCAGACGCUCGACGCGCGACGCGUGUACCUCGCCACGGACGACGCCAACGUACUAGAUGACGCACGCAAAAAGUAUCCAGAAUACACCUUCCUCGGCGACCCGUCAGUCGCAAAGACCGCGGCGACGCACCGCCGCUACACGCCGCUGUCGCUCAGCGGGCUGCUGCUCGACCUGCACCUGCUGGCGCAGUGCGACUACCUCGUGUGCACGUUCAGUAGCCAGGUGGGCCGCGUGGCGUACGAGCUGAUGCAGACGAACCGCGUGGACGCGUCCGACAGCUUCUACUCGCUGGACGACAUCUACUACUUCGGCGGACAAAACGCGCACGAUCGCCGCGCCGUGCUGCCGCAUAGCGCCAGCGACAGGCAGCAGAUAUCAUUCCAGGUUGGUGACCUGAUUGGUGUUGCUGGCAAUCACUGGAAUGGUUUCGGACGAGGAACCAAUAAGAGAACGAAUGUGAACGGCCUAAUACCGUGGUACAAGACAGCGGAUCAUCUAGUGUUGUACCCGUUCCCCGAGUACAAGCAAGUACCCAUGUAUGCGGACACGCGGCACGACGAGUCAUGAGACUAAUGUGAUGCGCGCUCGACCCAACCGGAAUAGAACGAAUUUCAAAUUUGACAGAUGACAGGUAUACUUCUUCUUCUUUUGACAAACGCUCUCGUAUGAUUUGCCAGUGUCAAGGAACGUAAUAAACUGUUUUUUUUUUCAAAGGUAAAUUAAAUAAAAGAGUAUUUUAAAUACUUGUAAGUAGAACAGUAGAUUUUUAAAUAUGAUGGAUAAGUUUGACUUACCUGUCUGUUAAGUUGGAAAUGCGUUUCUUUAUGUGUUGUGUCGAAUGUUCUCUUAGCCGAAUUAUGUUUAGGUCUCGUCUGGCCUGUUUACGACGAUAGUCACAAGUUAAAAUCUCAAUUUUUGCUCAUGAUAGAGUAGAUAAUAUGUUAUAUUUCUCAGAUACAGUCAGCUACGUAAACAUUUUAUUUAUGUUGAAUUUAUUUUAUUUUACAUCUUGACGAAAUGGAAUAAUAAUUAUUUUAUAAUACGUAAUUCUUUUUGUGCUAUUUUUAUCGAUCUUAUUUUUAUUUUGUUUAUAAAAUGGUAAUAUAUUUAAUAUAGUUUAUGUAUAGUUAAUUUUUUACUAUGCCUUGAUUUGACCAGUGGUAAUAUACCUCCUUACUAAAACAAUAUUUACAGUAAUAUUUACAGUGGAUACGCUAGGUAAUGUUUUGUGCUUGACUCGUUCAUUGGAUUAUUAACUUAAUAGAAAAGGACAAAAUAUUGUUACACAGUUUAUCUAUUGUGUAAGUUUAUUAGUGAGGAGGAUAGGAUAUUGUGUAAUACAAAUAAUGCAUUUAUUUCGAUGUAUAGUCAAUACAAAUUGCACUCUGUGUGGUGGUGAUACGAUUGAAUUUGCAAUAUUAGUUUGUAUUCUGUGUAACAUUAGGGUUAUGCAAUAACGGAUUUUAUUAAAAGUGUAGUUUUCGUUUUAGACGUUGCUUCUAAACUGUAACUUUAUACUAUCGUGCCUAAUAAUAUUAACGCGAAAUUAUGCUCAUAUACUAAAGUAUAUUUAACAUAAUAAUCUUCAAAUAGCAGAGUAUAAUA